AGAAAAAAAAGGACAAGACUUUCCAACCUUUAUAGAUUGCGUCUCUCGCUGGCUAAGGAAUCUAUCUGUCGGCUUAAACAGAUUGAAUCACUUUGGUUCUUGAGUUUUGAUCAGCUCGACGAUUACGAUGCAAGAUUCUUCUCCUUCUUCUCAGGUUAAAGAAGAUGUCUCCAGAUCUCAACCAAAUAAAACCCAAUCGGAUGCUUCAAUCCACAAACUCCCCAACCCUAUGCCUAUAGGAAUCUUGAGGAACCUGAGUCUGAAAAGGAAAGCUUCUCUACCAAACUACGAGAAGAGAUUGCUACUUAGUCCAACUGUGUCAGAAACCUCUGAAAAGCCUAAUAGCUCCGUUGCUUCUUUGCCUUAUUGGAAAAGAUGCUUGUCACUUCCUUCUUCUGCAAAUGCUGCUAAUAAGUUGUCUCUGGCUACAUCUACACCUCCUGUUGUGCAUACUGACCAAUCUACAUCUAAUAGGGAUGGUGCAUCAGUUUCGAGAUCCUUGUCCAUGCCUGGGAGGAACAAAGUCAUUGUACGAGCUGUCUCUUUUGACAAUACAAACAAACAACAUGUUUCCAAUGAAGCAAGUGGUUGUGGAGAUGAAAUCACUCCGGUUACUGCGGAAGAAACUGAAGAAGAGAUCCCUGAAGAAGAAGCGGUGUGCAGGAUUUGUCUUGACGUCUGCGAGGAAGGCAACACGUUGAAAAUGGAAUGCAGUUGCAAAGGUGACCUCAGGCUCGUUCAUGAGCACUGUGCCAUUAAGUGGUUUAGUACAAAGGGAACCCGAAUCUGCGACGUUUGCCGACAAGAAGUCAGAAACUUGCCGGUGAUUCUGCUUCGUGUCCCAACAAUCAAUCAGCUUACCACUAGACGGGAACUCACUCAGCAGAAUCCACAGCCACAAAGCAUUAGUGUGGGACAAGAGUUUGUAGUGCUUGUACUCAUCAGCACCGUCUGCUACUUCUUCUUCCUUGAACAUUUACUUAUUCGUGACUUGAAAUCACAGGCCAUCUUUGUGGCAGCGCCAUUUUCAUUCACCUUAGCUCUCUUAGCCUCAACUUUUGCCGUUGUCCUUGCUAUCAGAGAAUACAUGUGGACAUACGCAGCUCUUGAGUUUGCACUAGUGGCCUUGCUUGUUCAUCUGUUAUAUCUUACAAUUGGUAUGCCGGUUGUCUACUCAAUGCUUUUCGCGGGGAUUCUUGGUUUCGGUAUGGCAAUGUGCUUAAACCAGCUGUACGUUUGCUAUGCUUCUCGGCUUGUGCGAGUUCCACAGAACCGGAACUUAGUAUAAAGAAAGUCUCUUCCCUUUUUUGUAGUUCCUUUUGUUCUCCCUUGAAAGCUUGUAUAUGAAAGUGUAUAUUGCUGGAUAGAAAGAUUCACCUGAAACAGUAAAAGAUCUGUAGAUGCAUA